GUACUAUAUAUACUAGUAUAUAAACCCUAGCUAAGUAGCUGAGUUUCGAUCAUUGGCCUUUUUCUCUCUUAUUACUCAAACCAGUUGAUAGCUCAGAGAGAUCGAUAGCUAGCUAAGUUUCAUUGGCCUUUUGCCCUCUUAUUACUCAAACCAGUUGAUAGCUCAAAGAUCGAUUAUGGCAAAUCAAGGGUAUGCUCCCCCACCUGACUCCAUUGCCAGUCGCACACGGAGUCGUACCGCUGCUGCUCGUGCUGCAGCUGAGGCUGCUGCCACUUUGGCUGCCGCUCAGGCUGCGGCUGCGGCUGUUGCUGCUGCUGAAGAACAAGAAGAGUGGGUAGGCGUCGUUCACCAAGGUACCCCUGUGGGUGAUCCUCCGGCAAACCCUGAAAAUGCACAGGCAGCACAGCAACAGCACCUUGGACCUGCUGACGUGGGUGGCGAGAUCGGCCACGUUGAACCUCCCAUAUCAGACACUGACACUGAUGACUCCAUUGCCACCAGAAUGGCUCGCGAUGCGCGUAGGGGUUACCCAUACGCCAGAGGCGGUGGCGUCGCCUAAUCUCGAUCGUCAAGAUGGGGUUAUGGCCGUUUGGGGUCUUGAAGAAUCAGAAUCUGAAGAUCUACUGUUUCUUUUAAUUACCUAUUCUCUCAGUUAGUUAUGGUUAUUUUGUAAUCUAAAUGGUCAUGCAUGCUUAUGACAAUAUGACAUGAAC